GUUUACAACUUCCCCCGGAAGUAAGUUUAAGCUCUAGCUGGUUGAGUUGUGUGUCAUGGCGCUGUGCAGAGUGUCCGUCCUGGGCUUGCGGGCUGCCCGCGGGGGGAGUCAAAUAAGGCAGAGGUUGCGGCUGAGAAGCACCGAGAAGAAAUUAGCUGGAGAUUUCCUUCACCAGCAGUCCUUAUUUUCCCAUCAAACAUUCAGAAAUGCUGGGGGACCAGCAGGGGCCCCAGGACCAGGAACUAACCACUCAUUGUAUGCUGCUAUAGUGGGAGUGAGUGCUCUGGGGGCCGGAAUCUAUGUGUACAGGACCGUUCAAAGAGAUAAAGCACGAUUUUGCGAACGGACCUCCUAUCUUUCCUCCAGAAGAGAAACAGACUUAAAAGAAGUAAAAGUAACUGAAACUGUAGAUGAGAAAAAAGCAGUAAAAGAAGAAGUAAAAACAACUGGAAUUGUAGAUGAUAAAACAGCUCCCCAAACAGUAGAGUCUGCACUCCCUGAACAGCUCCCCUCCCAUGUUCCCUUCCUUUUGAUUGGUGGAGGAACUGCCUCAUUUGCUGCUGCUCGAUCCAUUCGUGCCAGAGAUCCUGGGGCCAGGGUUCUAAUUGUGUCGGAUGAGUCUGAACUCCCUUACAUGAGGCCACCCCUCUCCAAAGAGCUCUGGUUCUCUGAAGAUGCCCAUGUAACCGAAACACUACGUUUCAAGCAAUGGAAUGGCAAGGAAAGGAGUAUCUUCUUUCAGCCACCAUCUUUCUAUGUGCCUCCGGAGCAGUUAAUGUCCGUGGAGAAUGGCGGAGUGUCUGUCCUGACUGGAAAGAAGGUUGUCCAUAUGGAUGUGCGAGAGAAUAAAGUGAAACUGGAUGAUGGAACCCAAAUAUCAUAUGAAAAGUGUUUGAUUGCAACAGGGGGUAUUCCAAGAAGCCUUCCAGCAAUAGAAAGAGCCGGGGAAGAAGUAACUAAAAGAACAACUUUAUUCAGACGGAUUUCUGAUUUUCGCUCUCUGGAGGAGAUUUCUUCUUCAGUUGGUUCUAUCACAAUCAUUGGUGGUGGAUUCCUUGGCAGUGAGUUGGCAUGUGCACUGGGAAGAAAAGGAAGGCAGACAGGCCUAGAAGUAAUCCAGAUGUUUCCUGAGAGUGGCAACAUGGGGAAAGUUCUUCCGGAAUAUCUCAGCCACUGGACAACCGAGAAAGUAGGAAGAGAGGGUGUUAAUGUUCUGUUGGAUGCAGUAGUAAAAUCAGUCAACUAUCAGAAUGGAAAACUUCACAUUCAUUUAAAAGAUGGACGGCAGGUGCAGACAGAUCAUAUUGUUGCUGCAGUUGGUCUGGAACCAAACACAGAACUGGCAAAAUCAGCCGGGCUAGAGCUAGAUGGAGACUUUGGCGGGUACAGAGUCAAUGCAGAGCUGCAAGCUCGCAAUAAUGUGUGGGUGGCUGGAGAUGCAGCAUGUUUUUAUGAUAUUAAACUGGGCCGUCGGCGGGUUGAACACCAUGAUCAUGCAGUUGUCAGUGGAAGACUUGUUGGAGAGAACAUGACAGGAGCUGCCAAACCAUACUGGCACCAAUCCAUGUUCUGGAGUGACCUUGGUCCGGAAGUUGGUUAUGAAGCCAUUGGAAUCGUGGACAGUGCCCUUCCAACAGUGGGAGUGUUUGCCAAAGCUACAGAGAAAGACACACCCAAAAGAGCAGCCGAGGAAAGCGGAACAGGCAUUCGCUCUGAGAGUGAAGUCACGGAAACCGGGCAAGUGGAUGAUGUGAAGCCUCCAGCUUCUUCCUUAGAUUUUGCUCCCUCACAACAGGGUGACAACUAUGGGAAGGGAGUGGUGUUUUAUCUGCGUGACAACGUGGUUGUUGGCAUUGUCUUAUGGAACAUCUUCAAUCGUAUGCCCAUUGCAAGAAAGAUAAUAAAAGAUGGAGAACAACACUCUGACUUGAAUGAGGUGGCCAAGCUCUUCAACAUUCAUGAGGAAUAAAUCCACCAAAAAGGAGAUUAUGACCUUUAGCCUAAAGAGGAUCAUCCUCAUAGAAGUUACCAGCUGUACAUUUUCUCCCUGAUUCUGUACCUCAGUCCUUUCAUGCCACAAGACCUGCAAGUAGAUCUCUGCUUAAAUUGUUCAAGUAGGUCUCUGCUUAAAUUGUUUAACUAAAAAACAAUUCAAACUGAAAUGUAAUUAGAAAUGGCACCCCAACUCCCCAAGCUGGCAUUGCUACUGAGGAAGAAUUCACCAUAAAUCUCUGCUGUGUGAAUAACACAACCGCUUUGCUGCUGCUGCCUCAUUGGGGGGUGCACUGGCAUCAUUCAAAAAAAUAUCCUGUUUCCCAAACUGUAGUCACUUUUUUAUAAUGAAGUGAGAAUGACUGAUCUUUCUGAUCUGAUUUACUAUUGAUAUACACACAAUGAAGAGCUGUGUGUGUUUGUGGCCUACAUAUGUACAUUUUAAUGUCUAAAUUAAAAUGCAAAUCUCUAA